AUUUUUAAAAAACGGGACCUAAGAAAAAUAAGGACCACUUUUCAACCUAUAAUCUACCAUCUAUAAAAAGUGGUGUGGUGAAAACCUAAAGUUUUGAUACUGUCGUUUAGGAUUUCCAACAAAGAUGUGGCUCUCAGGAAGUUUAAGGUUUUCUUCUCCUCCUUUCCUUCUCAAGUUUCCUUCUUUUCUUCCAAUCCUCACUUCCUUCUUUUGCUCUCAUUCUCACUCCCAAACCUUCUUACACCACGAAGCUAUCUCAAAAUUCAAUCGCUUGCUUCAUAUGCCUGAGGUUCCUCCCAUCUUCGAAUUUGGAAAGAUUUUGGGAUUCCUUGGGAAGACGAAGCACUAUCCUACUGCUAUUUUUCUCAGUAAGCAAAUGGAACUCAAGGGAAUUCAGCCUAAUCUUGUUACUCUCAACAUCCUCAUCAAUUGUUUUUGUCACUUAGACCAAUUGGCCUUAGCUUUAUCUGUAUUUGCCAAGAUUCUCAAACUGGGUUAUCACCCAAAUGACAUAACAUUAACUACACUCAUCAGAGGUCUCUGUGAUAAGGGCGAGAUCAAAAAAGCACUCUACUUUCACGACAAAGUAGUAGCACUAGGAUUUCCACUCGACCAGUUCACUUACGGGACUCUGAUCAAUGGAUUGUGCAGAAUAGGGGAAACUAAAACUGCCAUCGAGUUGCUCAGAAGGAUUGAAGGUCGAUCAACGGUAAUGUACAGUAUAAUUAUUGACCGUCUAUUCAAAGAUAAACUUCCAAAAGAAGCAUAUGAUAUGUAUUCUGAAAUGGUUGUGAAGGGAAUUUCUCGAGAUGUUGUUACCUAUACUACUCUAGUUUAUGGCUUGUGCUCUGUUAAUCAGUUAGAACAAGCGUUAGGAUUGAUAAAUGAAAUGCUAUCAAAUAGCAUCCAGCCAAAUGUUUAUACCUAUAGUAUAUUGAUUAAUGCAUUGGGUAAGCAAGGAAAGCUAAGAGAAGCCAAGAAUGUAUUGGGUGUGAUGGUGAAAGUUUAUAUGAAACUUAAUGAUUUUAGCUUUAAUGCUUUAAUGGAUGGGUAUUGCUUUGUUAAUGAAGUGAAUAUUGCUAAACAAGUAUUCAAUGCAAUGACCCACAUGAGAGUGAGUCCUACUUUAUACAGCUAUAAUAUCAUGAUAAAUGGACUCAUAAUCAACGAUAGGGUGGAUGAGGCCAUAAAUUUAUUUCAGGAAAUGCACAAGAGGAAUGUCAUUCCUAAUACAGUAACUUACAAUAUUAUUAUAGAUGGUUAUUGCAAAUUUGGAAGAAUAGAUUAUGUUUGGGAUCUUAUUGACAAGAUGCACUGUAGUAAUCAUCAACCAGACACCAUCACUUACAGUUGUUUGUUAGAUGCUUUAUGCAAAAACCACCAUCUAGACAAAGCAUUUGACUUAUUCAAAACAAUGAUGGAAAAAGGAAUUCAGCCGGAUAUGUACACAUGGAGCAUACUUAUUAAUGGAAUGUGCAAAGGGGGAAGACUUGAGAAGGCACAAGAGAUCUUUCAAGAUCUUUUAAUUAAAGGCUACCCUUUAGAUGUAUGUAAUUAUAGUACUAUGAUCAAUGGUCUUUGUAAAGAGGGUUUACUUGAUGAGGCAUUGACCUUAUGGUCCAAAAUGGAAGACAAUGGUUGUUUGCCUGAUGCACUAGCUUUCGAAAUAAUGAUUAGGGCUCUCUUUGAAAAGGACAAGACUGAUAUGGCAGAGACAUUUCUUUGUGAAAUGAUCUCUAGAGGUUUGAUAAAAGUUCUAUCUUCAGCAAUGAUGUCGCCCUCAAGAUUUUCUUCUCUUCCUAAGUUUCCUCCUUUUUUUCCAAUCCUCAAUUCUCUCUUUUGUUCUCACUCUCACUCCCAAACCUUCUUACAGUAUGAAGCUAUCUCACAAUUCAAUCGCUUGCUUCAUAUGCCUGAGGUUCCUUCCAUCUUCGAAUUUGGAAAGAUUUUGGGAUUCCUUGUGAAGAAGAAGCACUGUCCUACUGUUAUCUCUCUCAGUAAGCAAAUGGAACUCAAGGGAAUUCAGCCUAACCUUGUUACUCUCAACAUCCUCAUCAAUUGUUUUUGUCACUUAGACCAAUUGGCCUUAGCUUUCUCUGUAUUUGCCAAGAUUCUCAAACUGGGUUAUCACCCAGAUGACAUAACAUUAACUACACUCAUCAGAGGUCUCUGUGAUAAGGGUGAGAUCAUGAAAGCACUCGACUUUCACGACAAAGUAGUAGCACUGGGAUUUCAGCUCGACCAAUUUGCUUACGGGACUCUGAUCAAUGGAUUGUGCAAGGUAGGAGAAACUAAAGCUGCCAUCGACUUAUUUAGAAGGAUUGAAGGUCGAUCAACUGUAAUUUACAAUAUAAUUAUUGAUUGUCUAUUCAAAGAUAAACGUCCAAAAGAAGCUUAUGAUAUGUAUUGUGAAAUGGUUGUCAAGGAAAUUUCUCGUAAUGUUGUUACCUAUAAUACUUUAGUUUAUGCCUUUUGCUCUCUGAAUCAUUUAGAACAAGCUUUUGGUUUCAUAAAUGAAAUGCUAUCAAAUAGCAUCAAGCUAGAUAUUUAUACCUAUAAUAUAUUGAUGGAUGCAUUAUGUAAGCGAGGAAAGCUAAGAGAAGCCAAGAAUGUGUUGGGUGUGAUGGUGAAAGCUUAUGUGAAACCUGAUUAUUUUAGCUUUAAUGCUUUAAUAGAGGGAUAUUGCUUGAUUAAUGAAGUGAGGAUUGCUAAACAAUUAUUCAGUGCAAUGACCCAGAUAGGAGUGACUCCUACGGUAUCCUGUUACAAUAUCAUGAUAAAUGGACUCAUAAGGAACAAUAGGUUGGAUGAGGCCAUAAAACUCAGUCAGGAAAUGCUAUCAAAUAGCAUCAAGCUAUCAAAUAGCAUCAAGCCAAAUGUUUAUACCUAUAAUAUAUUGAUGGAUGCAUUAUGUAAGCAAGGAAAGCUAAGAGAAACCAAGGAUGUGUUGGGUGUGAUGGUGAAAGCUUGUGUGAAACCUAAUGAUUUUAGCUUUAAUGGUUUAAUGGAGGGGUAUUGCUUAGUUAAUAAAGUGAAGAUGGCUAAACAAGUAUUGAAUGCAAUGACCCAAAUAGGAGUGAGUCCUACUGUAUAUAACUACAAUAUCAUGAUAAAUGGACUCAUAAAGAACGAUAGGUUGGAUGAGGCCAUAAAACUCUUUCAGGAAAUGCACAAGAGGGGUGUGGUUCCUGAUACAGUAACUUACAAUAUUCUUAUUGAUAGUUUUUGCAAAUCUGAGAGAAUAGCUUAUGCUUGGGAUCUUAUUGACCGGAUGCAUGAUAGAAAUCAACAACCAAACACAAUCACUUACAAUUGUUUGUUAGAUUUUUUAUGCAAAAACUAUGAUGUAGACAAGGCGUUUGAAUUAUUCGAAACAAUGAUGAGAAAAGGAAUUCAGCCGAGUAUGUACACAUGGAACAUACUUAUUAAUGGAAUGUGCAAAGGAGGAAGACUUGAGAAGGCAAAAGAGAUCUUUCAAGAUCUUUUAAAUGAAGGCUACCCUUUGAAUGUAUGUAGUUAUACUACUAUGAUCAGUGGUCUUUGCAAGAAGGGGUUACUUGAUGAGGCGUGGACCUUAUGGUCCAAAAUGGAAGACAAUGGUAAUCAACAACCAAACACAAUCACUUACAAUUGUUUGUUAGAUUCUUUAUGCAAAAAGUAUGAUUUAGACAAAGCAUCUGAAUUAUUCAAAACAAUGAUCAGAAAAGGAAUUCAGCCGAGUAUGUACACAUGGAACAUACUUAUUAAUGGAAUGUGUAAAGGGGGAAGACUUGAGAAGGCAAAAGAGAUCUUUCAAGAUCUUUUAAUUAAAGGCUACCCUUUAGAUGUAUGUAGUUAUACUACUAUGAUCAGUGGUCUUUGCAACAAGGGGUUACUUGAUGAGGCGUUGACCUUAUGGUCCAAAAUGGAAGAGAAUGGUUGUUUGCCUAAUGCAGUAACUUUUGAUAUAAUGAUUAGGGCUCUCCUUAAAAAGAAUGAGACUAGGAAGACAGAGGUAUUUCAUCGUGAAAUGAUCUCUAGAGACUUGGUGAAAGAAAAAGAAAAAAGAAAAGAGAAGAGGUUAACAGCUGCUGUGGUGCGAGAAUUGGAGUUGAGCAGUUUUGAGUAAUCAUUGAAGAACAACUUGUAAUAUGCUUGACUUUUUUUCAUAAUUAGUAUUAAUUAGGUUUAGUUUUCAUUUUCUUUCAAGUUCUGGACAGUUUAUUUUCUGUCCAUUGGCUCCAAAUUUCGUUUGCAAUUUCAGAUUUGUAUUCUUCUCUAAUUUCUUUUGCUUUCUUUGUUUGGUUUAAUUCAAUUUCUUUACUGCUUUUGCUAUUGGAA